GUGGUUCGCUUGUUUAGCUUUAUCUUUUUGAAAUACGCUAGAAUUUCUAAUAAGCAGCAAAACAUGUUGUGCCAUUAAUCAGAAAGUGGAGAUAAUAAAUGAGGUGCAAAAACUCUUUAUGAGUAUUUUGAUAUUGAGGAAUCUAGAAAUGAUUUAGUUCACUGAAAAGGUUUCCGGAGGAAAACACGUGAGUGCCAUGACGACGUCAUUUAAUUCGACUAUUUCCGUCGACAUAUUUUUAUCCAGGGACAAGGAAGAUGGAAGCAGUGAAAUACAGCCAAUGUAUAGGAUUAUUAUAGAAAGUGUCUUAUUUCUUACAAUCUGGAUAACAAGUGCUCUUACAAAUAUUUUAGUGUGCGUAGUGAUAUAUCGCAGCCGCCGCGUACAGUCAACGACGAACUAUUUCGUUGUGUCUAUGGCGUUCUCGGAUCUUUUGUUAACUUUUUUCUGCGUGCCAUUUAUUUUGUCAAGAGUUAUGGCUAAUCAAUGGGUGCUGGGUUCAGUAAUGUGCCGACUUGUCCGAUUUAUCCAAACUUUAUCGCCGGCCACGACAAUUUCAGUACUCGUAACGAUAUCCGUAGACAGAUUUUAUACAAUAAUUUAUCCUCUCAGUUUUAAGAUAACCCGCGGAACAGCGAAACAUUUAAUAUCUGGCUGUUGGCUCUUAUCCUUCAUCGUAUGUAUUUUUUCAAUAUAUUUUUACGAAUCUACUUAUUUCGGCAGCUCUGACAGAAUGAGUUGCCCGUCGUUUAUACCAAAUUCAAACCUUGGAAGUGUGAUCUACGGAUCCAUGUUUGUAGCGUUUACAUAUUUUCUUCCGGCUAUUUUUGUGGUGGUUGUAUAUACACGAAUCUUCAGAUACAUUUGGACAACCGGCGUCAGACACCGUCGGGUCAGGAGGACGGAAAAUCCGGUGGCAAGAAAUAAAGUGAAAAUGGUGAAAAUGCUUAUCAUCGUAACUGUGUUAACAUUCAUAGGGUUCUGUCCACACUAUAUUGUUCAAAUAUGUUUCACAUUUUUAACAGUGGAACAAAUUCAUCCUGCAAUUUUCAUUGCUACUUUUCUACUUCUGUUCUUAACGACGAUCAUGAAACCUUUGAUUUACAUGCUGUAUAAUUCCAAUUUCCGCCGGGGUUGUCGGGAAGUUUUCUGUAUGUCAAACAUGCGGUGUUACAGGAGUCAUACGUAUGCUAUAACAAGGGCAUCAAACAUUGGCAAGAAAAAUCAUGUCGGGAUCAUGCCGAUGGACACUGGCAACAGAAUUGCGAUUCAGUCACCGACAUUCACUUUUAAUAGGACUGUGAUAUCAGAGAAAACAGCGUGGCCGGUGUCGGCAAGCAUUUCUACGACGUACUUGUAAAUUCAUGUGUUUGUUAUUUGUAUUUUCUAGUCUUAAGUUUUAACGGUUAGAAUGAAGUCCAGGCGUUGAAAUGCAACGAGUUUAAGGUAACUCAGGUUCAUUCAACCCGUCGUCAUCUUUCAGUUUCAGUAUAUAUAUGAGCCGCGCCAUGAGAAACCAACGUAGUGUCUUUGCGACCAGCAUGGAUCCAGACCA